UUAAGAACAUAUGCAUGAGAUGUCUCUUGCAUCAACAUGAACUUUGUGCCCUUACAGUCACGUGGGACGGAAGCCUGGUAGUUGCUGCAAAUAAUCAUGGGACAUGUUAUGUUUGGCGCCUAUUAAGAGGAAGCCAGAUAUUUGGCCACUGCAUCUUCUCACUACACUGUCAAGAUAUGGAAUUUAAUAGGUAUCCGCUAAAGUCUCAACUUUUAAGCCAAGGACAUCAGCGCUGGGUAAUGGACUGUCUUUUCUCAGUGGACGACGAUGCCUAUCUUAUAACAGCCUCUUCUGAUACAACAGCCAAGCUUUGGUCCAUGUCAACUGGUGAAGAGAUUAAGACAUAUCAAGGACAUCAUAAAGCAACUGUUUGCUGUUCACUACAUGAUGGAGCCCUUCUCCAUGUUAAAGUUAGGUUCAAUUUCUUGCUUUACUUCAAGAAUAAUGUGCAAUUCCAUUGUUAUCCAUUUAUACAAGUUUGUACAGUGAGCUUAGCGUUUGCAAUGCCUACUUUCAAAACGAGCUGUUUCAUGUUGUAUUACAAUCGUUAGAUCAACAAAUAGAACUUGCUCGCUUUGUUUAUCAGGAGUAAAAGAAAAACUUUAU